UUUCUUAUCACUAGAGUGCCUACCUUAUCACUAACUUGCGUAAAUGAUAAGUUGUUGUUAAUGUCAAAACUUGUUGAAAGCAAUUUUGAUCUCGUAUGAGAUACAACAGAGGAGAUCCGCGGAAAUUGUAUGAACCGGGUUGAAAUACUAAUUUGCUGGUGGUCUCGGAUUCGUAGAAAGAGGACCUAUGACUGGUACACACGGAAUCACUGAUAACACGCCCAAGCCAAAGGACUUCAGAAGUUCCAACUCAUCUUAGGGAGGUAAAGUGUAUUGAUCAUGAAAUUCCAUGCUUAUUUUUGAGCCGGGAUAGUUUUCGCAAGUUCUCUUACAACUUCAGUCAUUAAUGAAACAUUUAUGUUCAGUUGUCAUCACACUUCUCCGUUAUGAAUCUUACCUUUUUUUCAUCUCGAUUCAGCACCACUCCCUGCAGUCUUCAGUCUCUUUCAAAUCCACACCUAGGUCAAUUAGCUGCAAGAGAAAUCUCUCCUGGCCUUUAAAUAUUCAGCCCACAAGUACCACUGUUGGGCAAUUCAAAUCACAUUUGGAUGCACAGAAUUGAUUAAAACGAGGUCCCUGUCAUUGUCCUUGCAAGGAGUUUCUUCCGUUAAAAUGGCUACCACUGAUAACUCAGAAAACCCCAUGUGCGAGGAGAAACGCAAAAUGAUUGCAGGUGAGAUGUAUAUUGCAGAGGAUCCCACCCUUGUGGCUGAGCGAAUCAGAGCAAGACGAUUGGUUCACAAAUAUAAUCAGUUAGGGCCAGAUGAUGAGGAGUUGCGUCAAAAAAUACUGACUGAACUUUUGCCGCCUUUCAAAAAGGCAUUUAUUGAGCCUGACUUUCGUUGUGACUACGGAUACAACAUCUUCCUCGGUGACAACUUCUAUGCUAAUUUUGGCUGUGUUAUGUUGGAUGUAUGUCCUAUCCGAAUAGGCAAGAAUUGUAUGCUCGCCCCUAAUGUGCACAUCUACACUGCUACACAUCCUUUAGAUCCUGUCGAGCGAAACUCAGGCAAAGAGUAUGCAAAACCUGUGACAAUUGGUGAUAAUAUAUGGAUUGGUGGAUGUGCUAUCAUAAACCCAGGUGUCACCAUCGGUGAUAAUGCUGUCAUUGGUUCUGGGGCUGUUGUGACGAAGGAUGUGCCAGCUAAUGCUGUUGUCGGUGGGAACCCAGCAAAAGUCAUUAAGAUGGUGCCUGUACAAAGUACGAAGUAGUUAUGUCAUUCAGGAAAUAUUUCCUUUUUCUUUAAAUCAAUGAAAGGCAACUGAAGGGAGCAUUGGUGGCUGUGCUUGCAUUUAAGUUACUUUUCUUGCAGAAUUUAUCCCAUGAAAGGCUUUAAAAUUUCUGCUCAUAUAUAUUGCAUUAACAGGUUGCAAUAGUCUUUAUUUUUCUUUCUUAAUGUCCUGGGUCCAAAUUGUGAUGGCAGGUAUGUAGCCGGCCGCAAGUUGAGGCAAGAAUGUUGAGUAUGCUAUUCAACAUUGAGGAACUGUUGGCGGCUUGGGCCUGCUGUAAAAACAGCUCAGCUUGCUUACAGCUUGAGUUAAAAUGUACUUAAUUUUCUCCAUUUAAAAUAGAAUUCAGAGGUUCCUGAAUUAGACAUAUUUAAGGCCUCUUGCUGGUUAAAUCAUGCUCUUAUGGCUCAUUGUACUAAUUCAGUAGGAUAUAAUUUUGUGUGAUAGAUAUGCAAUACUUCUUAAUUGCUUCAAAAGUAAUAUAAAGUACCAUAAUUCACGUUUA